AUACCUUCUCGCCUUCUCAUCUUGAUCUUGUUGUCUUCCCAUAUCACCUUGUCAAAUCGAGUGGAAAGUCAACUUAGUUUGGCUAUGAGAGUUGCACAAAACGGGUAAAGUUAUUUCAAUUCAGGUGAACAUGAUCGCUCAGGCCUUGAUUCUGGCGAUUGUCUGCCAAAUCGGUCCUUUCUAUCGACCAGUUAUUGGUUUCCUCGAGUUGACAGAGCCUUUGCAUUUCGAGCCUCAAAUGCUGUGGCCCAAAAUGCAUCCGGAGGACAGUUGUAGUGCGGAAUUGGAUUGCUUGGAGGAUGAAUUCAGUGAAGAGGGCUUGAUCCAAAGAUCCAGACGGUCCACUUUCGUACCCUACAAAACGGGAAAAUUUGUGGCCACUCAAGUGUCAGGGGUGUUGGACCAUUUACUGUAUUAUUCGGGUUAUGAGAAAGGAAUGAGGCCGAAUGUGGGAGGGCCCCCUCUGGUGGUCACCAUCAAUCUAUCCAUCCGCUCCAUGGGUCCUGUGGACGAAGACGACAUGGCCUUCUCUUUGGAUUGCUACUUCAGGCAAUCCUGGGUGGAUAAACGCCUUCAGUUCAACGCCACAGGGGUGAGCGAACUGGCUCUUAAUUGGCAAUUCUUGGAGAAGAUUUGGGUGCCCGACACUUUUUUUGUCAAUGGCCGGAAGAGCUACCUCCAUAAGAUCACGGUGCCCAACCGCUUCGUACGUAUCUACCCCAACGGAAGGGUGUCCUAUUCCCAACGGCUUACUAUCUGGGCCGAGUGUGCCAUGCAUCUUCACAAGUUCCCGCUAGACACACAAAUGUGUCCGCUCAACAUUGGCAGUUUUGGUUAUGAUGCUAACGACAUUGUCUUCAAGUGGGCCCAGCCACGAUCCGUGUCUAUUGAUAAGCUGGGACUGGCCCAGUUCCAUCUCAUGAACUACAAGAGCUUCACCGAGAUUAAACUGUCUUCGCGUCGUACCCGGAUCGGUUUCCGUAAUGACUCGACCGCUUGCUUAGAGUUCAACUUCGAGCGUCAGACGGGAUUCUUUCUCCUUCAGAUCUACACUCCGCUCAUACUGAUUGUCUUCUGUUCUUGGGUGGCCUUCUGGCUCAUUAAGACCGACAAAGGUGGCGAGGUUCCAGCCAGAACCGUUCUUGGGGCCAACAGUGUUCUUUCGAUUGUCAAUAUUGGCUUUGGCGGGAAGAGUCGUCCACCUGUGGGCUAUGCCACGGCUCUGGACAUCUUCAUUAUCCUUUGCUUCGUUUCAGUGUUCGCGGCCUUGCUCGAGUUUGCGUGCAUCAACUUUUUGGAUCUUUUUAUCGCCCGAAUCAAAAAGCGAGAAGAGGAGAAAGCCGCCCUUCUGGCUGCCAGUCUGCUCGAACAAGAAACCAAGGAACCGGAAGUUGUGACCAAACUUUUGCUGGCAGCAAUCCCUGUGGCUGAUGCCACGGUCACAGUUGACUUUGUGGAGAAAGAGCAGCCUGAUCCCACUAAUGAAGCGCCGCUCAUCGAUGCCGAUGAUCUGGACGUCAUUGAAGUUAUUGAUGGCGGAGCGGCUUUGGCCGAGGACGAGGAGUUUGAGGAAAUUCCAGAAGAGGAAGAACCCAUACUGCUCUCCUUUCAUGACAAGAUAGCACAAGCAUUCCACAGGUUUUGCGAUCGCUUGGAGCAGAAAUUCGAGGCCCGAUAUGGCCCAAUUACCGAAACCUACGUUUAUAAUAACACCACGGAGGUGAUUUGGCACAUUGACGAGAGCGCACGAAUCUAUUUUCCCGGCGUGUUCCUAGUUUUGCAAUUGAUCUAUUGGAUCUCCUACUUGUACCUCAUGUAACUAUAGUUCCGGUGGGUACGUGGCAAAACUC